AAUAAACGAAAUAUAGAAGUGAGUGAGAGAGAGAGAGAGAGAGAGAGAGAGAGAGGUUAGGAAAGAAAUAAAAGAGCGCGAGCAAAGACAACGAAAAGUAAACGGGAAAGUUUAAGCAUCUUCCUGGUUUCUGUAAUGGUGACUGGUCCAUGGUCUUUACCAACCAAUUUUAUCACGACUUAAUGCUUUUUAUUUAAUUCGUUUGAUUUUCUUCUCUAAAGACUUGCAACGACUCUGCUCAACAGCUCCUACGAACACGAUCAUGAAGAAGGGAAGCUUAAACCCUAAUGUCAAGCUCAAGCUCUCUCUCCCUCCUCCUGCUGAGGUUUCUCUCUCUAAAUUCCUAACUCAAAGCGGUACGUUUAUGGAUGGCGAUCUGCUCGUGAAUCGCGAUGGAGUUCGAAUUGUCUCUCAAAUCGAGUCCGAAGCUCCACCUCCUAUUAAGCCAACAGACAACCAGUUGAAUUUAGCAGACAUAGACACCAUUAAGGUCAUUGGUAAGGGAAGUAGUGGAAUUGUGCAACUGGUGCAACACAAAUGGACAGGCCAGUUUUUUGCAUUAAAGGUUAUACAGAUGAAUAUUGAAGAGAAUGCAAGGAAAGCUAUUGCCAAGGAACUAAAAAUCAAUCAAUCAUCACAAUGUCCGUAUGUUGUCAUGUGCUACCAAUCUUUCUAUGACAAUGGUGCCAUUUCAAUUAUCUUAGAGUAUAUGGAUGGUGGAUCUUUGGCAGAUCUUCUGAAAAAAGUAAAGACAAUUCCUGAAGCACAUCUCGCUGCCAUUUGUAAGCAGGUACUGAAGGGUUUAUUGUAUCUUCAUCAUGAAAAACACAUUAUCCACAGGGACCUGAAACCUUCUAAUUUAUUGAUAAAUCAUAGAGGAGAAGUCAAGAUUACUGACUUUGGUGUGAGUGCAAUAAUGGCAAGCACCUCUGGACAGGCAAAUACCUUUGUUGGUACAUACAACUAUAUGUCUCCUGAGAGAAUUAGUGGACUAAAAUAUGGUUACAAAAGUGACAUUUGGAGCCUAGGUUUGUUAUUACUGGAGUGUGCAACUGGUCAGUUCCCAUAUUCCCCUCCUGAGCAGGGUGAAGGUUGGACAAACGUUUAUGAGCUUAUGGUAGCUGUUGUUGAGCAACCACAACCUUCUGCACCUUCUGAUCAGUUUUCUCCACAGUUUUGCUCAUUCAUAUCUUCAUGUGUGCAGAAAGACCCAAAAGACAGGUUAUCAGCAAAUGAACUUAUGACACAUCCCUUCAUGAACAUGUAUGACGACCAGAAUGUAGAUCUCUCAUCUUACUUCACACAGGCAGGCUCUCCGCUUGCAUCCUUUUGAAAUUUCUGAUAGAAUAUGAGACAGUUCAAGGAAAGAUACAAGCUUGAAGUUGUGAAUGUUUGAUAAGAUUUUAGCUGUCAGUGCAACUGAAAAAUUAAACAGUGGCUGCCAUUACAAUGACAAAUGCAAAGUUCUUGAAAGCAUCAGUACUUGAUAUUAACAUUCUAGCGCCAGGAGAUUUCUUAUGCAAGUAACACAUACUGUUGAAUGGAGUGCUUACAAUUGAUAGGAAAGAUGUUAUUAGUAUUAUUAUUGUUUGAGGUAUCAGAGGAUAUAGUUUGUGUGUACUUGUGAGGGAUAAAAGGACCAAUUUUUCUAGUUGGUUCUAUUAGGGUUUGGAAAUGAAUCCACCCCUAUUUAAAAGA